AUGGGUUCGUGUAUUAGUUCAGAGUCGGCAGAAUAUGCGGACCAGAAAAAGAAAAGCCAGGCAAUCGACCGCAAAUUAGAUGAGGAUUCUAGAAAGCUACGGAGGGAAUGCAAGAUCUUACUCCUAGGGUCCGGUGAAAGCGGUAAAUCGACGAUAGUCAAACAAAUGAAAAUCAUCCAUCAAAACGGCUAUUCGCCUCAGGAGCUGUCUUUGUAUCGCCUAACCGUUUAUAAGAAUCUUAUGGAAUGCGCCAAGUCCUUAAUAGGAGCCUACGAUCAAUUCUCCGUCGAACCAUCAAGUCAAAAAGUCCGAGAUUAUAUUCAGUUCAUUUCCGAUUACAAUAUCGACCCCGAUCCGAAUACACCGCUAGACCCCAAAGUUGGAGAUGCGAUAACAUACAUUUGGAAUGACCCAUGUACUGCGACAGUCCUGGAUCAUCAAAAUGAGUUCUAUUUGAUGGACUCUGCGCCAUAUUUCUUCGAGGAAGCGAAGCGAAUCUCAUCUCGAAAUUACGCACCUAACGUAAAUGACGUGCUUCGUGCGAGAACGAAGACAACAGGUAUAUACGAAACCAGAUUUUCAAUGGGUCAACUAAGUAUACACAUGUUCGACGUGGGCGGUCAACGCAGCGAAAGAAAGAAAUGGAUUCACUGUUUCGAGAAUGUUACAUCCAUCAUAUUCUGUGUGGCGCUUAGCGAAUACGACCAAGUACUACUAGAAGAAAGUAAUCAGAAUCGAAUGAUGGAGAGCUUGGUACUGUUCGAUUCGGUCGUUAAUUCUCGGUGGUUUAUGCGAACAAGCAUCAUUCUCUUCCUAAACAAAGUGGAUCUCUUUCGGCAAAAACUCCCUCGUUCACCUCUAAGCAAUUACUUUCCGGAUUACUCUGGCGGCAACGAUGUGAAUCGCGCAGCGAAAUACCUUCUGUGGAGAUUCAACCAAGUAAACCGGGCUCAUCUAAACCUCUAUCCUCAUCUUACACAAGCGACCGACACCACAAAUAUCCGACUAGUAUUCGCUGCCGUUAAAGAGACGAUCCUACAAAAUGCCUUGAAAGAUUCGGGUAUUUUGUAG